AAACGAUUGGCGGGCAGCUCUAUCUCCGUCUCCAGACGAGGCGCUGCCGCAAGGAGCCCGUGUUCAACCCUGAUGGCGGCAGCAUACAACACAGGAACCGCGGACCUAGUCGACUUCAACUGGGACACUCUUGGGUUUCAGCCGGUGCCGACGGACUUUAUGUACAUAAUGAGUUGUUCGUCAGACGGGGUGUUCACCAACGGUGAAUUGGUUCCGUAUGGGCCAAUCGAGCUGAGCCCAGCUGCCGGGGUGUUAAAUUAUGGCCAGGGAUUGCUCGAAGGUCUUAGAGCACAUAGAAAAGAGGAUGGUUCGGUUCUUCUUUUUCGCCCAGAGGAAAAUGCAUUGCGGAUGAGGAUAGGUGCAGAUCGGCUAUGCAUGCCUGCACCAAGUGUUGAGCAGUUCCUAUCAGGUGUCAAGCAAACUGUAUUGGCAAACAAGCGUUGGGUACCUCCAACUGGCAAAGGUUCUUUAUACAUCAGACCGCUGCUGAUUGGAAGUGGGGCAAUCCUAGGUGUCGCACCUGCCCCGCAGUACACGUUUGUCGUGUAUGUUUGCCCCGUUGGUCACUAUUUUAAGGAUGGCCUAUCUCCCAUUAGCUUAUUGACUGAGGAACAAUAUCACCGCGCUGCACCUGGUGGAACUGGUGAUAUCAAGACCAUUGGAAAUUAUGCUACGGUUGUUAGUGCUCAGAAAAGAGCCAAGGACAAAGGUCAUUCGGAUGUUCUUUACUUGGAUCCGGUGCACAAAAAGUUUGUGGAAGAAGUUUCUUCCUGUAAUAUAUUCAUGGUGAAGGAUAAUGUUAUUAUUACUCCCCUGUUGACGGGAACAAUUCUGCCUGGAAUCACAAGAAAAAGUAUAAUUGAAAUAGCUGGAAAGCUUGGAUUUCAGGUUGAAGAACGCCUUAUUGAGAUAGAUGAGUUACUUGAUGCUGAUGAAGUCUUUUGCACGGGGACUGCUGUUGUACUAUCACCUGUUGGCUGCAUUGUGUACCGUGGAAGAAGAGUGGAGUAUGGGAACGGCAAGGUCGGAGCUGUGUCCCAGCAACUAUAUUCGGCGCUUACAGCUAUUCAGAAGGGCCUCGCAGAGGACAGUAUGGGAUGGAGCGUGCAACUGAGUUAGCAGCUUUAUCAUCUCGCUGAACUCGGCGCCAGACAGUCCUCUAUAUUUUAUCCAGCAGCAAACUAAUGCAAAUCACCAAAACUUUCUCACCAGGAAUUUCGCAGUGUGCAGAAUAGAAUAAAGCCUUGUGCAGAGAGCAGAUACACAAACAUAGAAUAACGGGUGGGUCUGAGUCUGAAGAUAAAGAAACUGCUAUCGUUUCUUCCCAAUCGUGGGAUUGACCAUG